CCCAGCACCAGGGACAGGGAUCCCCAUCCUCCUCCGGCCUGAUCCGCUUAGGAGCCGGGUUUGCACACUUUCACCGGCCGUGUGAUGUCAUAGCACAGAUUGUAACCUUCCAGAAAUGAUAUGACGACCGGUUCUCGUGAGCUGGGUACGGAAGUCCAGUGUGUUCUCCUGACCCUACAUUGGCCACCAUGCCAUCCUUGCCUAAUGAGUCUGAUGCGUCCUCCAGCUUGUCCCUGGGCACAGCUUUAGCUUAUCAGUCCAAUGGCUCUAACAGGAGAAAGAUACGAAAAAAGAGGAAAAGUGGCAUCAUCACGGCCAACGUUGCUGGAACCAAGUAUGAGAUCGUCCGUGGAGUAAUCGAGGAGAUGCACUUUGUGAAGAGCCGGGAUGAUGAUGAAACUGCUAACCUUAUCUGGAGCGACUGUGCCGUACAACAUGAGAAAAUUGCUGAGCUCAGGAACUAUCAGAGAAUCAACCAUUUCCCUGGGAUGGGAGAGAUCUGUCGGAAGGACUGCCUUUCAAGAAACAUGACCAAAAUGAUCAAGUGUCAACCUCAUGAAUACAGCUUUAUUCCCCGCACCUGGAUAUUCCCCGCAGAAUACACUCAGUACCAAAAUUACGUGAAAGAAUUAAAGAAGAAAAAGAAGCAGAAAACCUUUAUUAUCAAGCCGGCCAAUGGAGCAAUGGGUCACGGGAUAUCUCUGGUCCGAAAUGGGGAAAAGCUGCAGGCUCAGGACCACCUCAUUGUUCAGGAAUAUCUUGAUAAACCAUUCCUGCUGGAAGGAUACAAGUUCGAUUUGCGCAUCUACAUCCUGGUGACGUCCUGCGAUCCCCUGAGGAUAUUCCUGUAUAAUGACGGGCUGGUCAGGAUGGGCACGGAGAAGUAUCAUCCUCCCUCAGAAUCCAACCUGAACCAGCUGUACAUGCACCUUACUAACUACUCCGUGAACAAACAUAACGAGAACUUUGAGCGGGAUGAGACUGAGGAUCGCGGCAGUAAACGCUCCAUCCGGUGGUUUACUGAAUUUCUUCGUGCCAAUGACCAUGACGUGGCCAAGUUUUGGAAUGACAUUUCUGAAUUAGUUGUGAAAACUCUAAUAGUAGCAGAACCACAUGUUCUCCAUGCCUACCGGAUGUGCCGACCCGGCCAACAGCCUGGCAGUAACAGCAUCUGCUUCGAAGUGCUUGGUUUUGAUAUUAUUCUGGACAGGAAGCUGAAACCCUGGCUGCUUGAGAUCAACCGAGCUCCCAGCUUCGGAACAGACCAGAAGAUCGACUACGACGUCAAGAAAGGAGUUUUGCUAAAUGCAUUAAAACUUCUGAACAUCAGAGCGAGUGAUAAAAAGAAAAACUUGGCCAAACAGAAAGCGGAGGCUCAGAAGAGGUUGUAUGGUCAGGGAUCCAUGAAGAGGCUGUCCCCGGGAUCUUCUGACUGGGAGAAACAGCGCCACACGCUGGAGAGGAGGAAGGAAGAGCUGAAAGAACGACUUGCUCAGGUUCGGAAACAAAUCUCUAAGGAGGAAUAUGAGAAUAGGCACAUGGGGAACUACAGGCGUAUCUACCCACCUGAGGAUAAACUGCUGUUAGAAAAAUACGAGGGUCUUCUCGGCACUGCCUUCCAGACGUUCCUUGCCGGCAGAGCCGCCUCCCUUCAGCGAGAGAUGAAUAAUCCUCUGAAAAGGAUGAAGGAAGAAGACAUCUUAGAUCUCCUUGAGCAAUGCGAGCUGGAUGAUGAGAAACUGUCUGGAAAAUCCACUCGGCAGCGAGAACCACGUGCGUUGUCUUCUAUGCCGGAGUGUACACAGACCUCAAAGAAGAAAAGCUACAGCAGUUCUAACAGCAGCAGCUCCGGUGGUGACAGUAGUUCCGACUCCGAGGAGGAGAAAUUGGUGAAAGAGAAGAAGGUCUCCUACGACCUGGACGAGCAGAAGUUCAAAUCAUUGGAGAGGUCCAGUACGUUCACAUUUGGUAGAGUCCAUUGUAAGCCUCCCAUUAAAUCGCGGCCGUUUACCUAUUCAUCUCCAUCCUCAUCAUCCACUCCGAUUAGGCGCUCUGUGAGCUGCCCUCGCUCCAUCACAGCACUUAAUGCGCAGUCUCCACACAUGGAGCAGCAGCAGCAGCGACCACUCUCGUCAAAAGUAACUGCACAAGUCUCGAGGCCGUCUUCAGGGAACCGGACCAAUUCAUUGAAUCGUAGCUCAUCGUCACAUAGAGUGCCACACACAGGGACUUGCAGCAGUAUGUACCCAACGCUGAAUGAAACAGGGCUACAUCACCUAACAAAAGACCAGGAGGAGGAGCUCACGAAACAGACCUUACAUGUUCUUCAGAAUAUGAGGAUCAGGUUUCCAGGGAAGAUGGACGAAGAUGAAACCUGCGCUAUUAUAGAUGAAAUCAUGGAGAACUGGCGAUAUCACAAACCCAAGUUAGCCUCUUACUGGUUAAUCAAACUGGAUUCUGUGAAGCAGAGAAAGAUUUUGGACAUUGUGAGAACAUACGUUCGUUCGGUUCUUCAGCGGAUCUGGAAAGUGUCUGAUGUAGAGUGCUUACACCUGUACCGGAGUUUUAAUCGCGUGUUCAAUCGUCUCCUGUGGAGUCACGGCCAAGGACUGUGGAGCUGCUUCUGUAAUUCCAGCAGCACCUCGUGGGAGACAAUAUUCAGUAAGAGCACCGAGGUCGUGACACCCGAUCAGCUCCAGUGUUGUCAUCGGCUGGUCCAGCUCUGCAAAAACUGCCUGCUAGUGGUUUACAAAUAUGCAACAGAUUCACGAGGCUGCGCGGCGGGUGUGAGUCCAGAUGGGAGCGACACAAGGUACUUACUGCCAGUGGUCCCUCAGUUCAGCAUUAAAAUGACGUCUUCCAGCGCCGGCUCGUCCGGAUUGUCUCGUUCCGGCUUUGUCUUUACCUCUCGACUCACCCAAUACUGAAGAACCGGAAUGUUGUCCUUUAGUUUGUUUUUAGUUUUUUAAUUUUGUGCCCUGUAAAUAAUAGCAUUAUAAUUUACAACUUAAUUUCAUAUGGUGCUAAGCACAGCUAUCACGCCGCUCCUACGGCAAAUUACUGAUCACGUAGAGCGGAUGUUGUAAACCAGCGGGCUGCACGGUGGAUUUUGGGUGGUGUGAGAAUACAACUCCCAGGGGUCUCGGGGCAUGCUGGGAGUUGUAGUCUCACAACAGCCACACAGCUACCGGUUAAAGCUCGCUGUUUAUAAGGUCCUCGAAUGUCUAGAUACCAAGUUAGAUUACUCGCCGCGUGUAAAACGUAGAAUGCUAACUUAUUUUGCUCGUACGACGUAAGGAAUGACGUGCUAUGUAUUACUAUACUGUAUAUUGCCUUUCAGAUAAAGUGCACCCGUCAUACACGCAUGGAACUGGCAGCCAUGUAGUGUGCAGUAGGACUGCAGCUUGUGUACCGACUGGCUUGCCAGUCACAAAAUGGCCACCGUCACCCCAGUGAAGUGCCAGGUGCACAUUACCAUGCUGGAAUGCUAAAAAGAAAAAGCCUAAAGUAGAUAAGUAGCAUAAAUCGUAAUGACAAUAUCAGCCAAUAUUACCGUCUAAUGUCCAUUCCGGACAUUUAAUAGGGUUGUAGCGGUUGCCCAUAGCAACACAUCAGAGCCCUGCUGAAAUGAAAGUUGGAAUCUGAUUGGUUGCUAAGGGGAGAUAUGUUUUGCAAAGGAAAAGCGGAGGAGUUCCCAUGGCAACCAAUCAGAUUUUAGCUCUCAUUUUUCGGAGGCUCUUAAGAGAAUGUAAGCAGCCAUCUGAUUGGUUGCUUUCAGAAACUGCUUUACAUUGCUUUUAUAAUCUCCCAUCAGAUAGACCUUCCCCAUUCAUGGCUUCUCGAAUCAAAAACAACAAAGGAAUUUUUUUUAAUUUUCAAUUUUUAUGAAUUCUGAACUUUGUUUUUAAGGGGUUGUCCUGCCUUUACUAAGUGAUGGCCUAUCCUCAUAAUAGGUCAUCAGUGUCUGA